GGUCGCGCAGGGGGGCCUGGCCGGGGCCUGCGCCGUGGAGGUGGCCGAUUUCAUGGAGCCCACCUUCGCCAUCUCGGAGGAGAGGUGACCGCCGUCUACCUGUUCGGCACCCCCGGGGUGAACGCGCACUUGACGAGAGAGCUGGAGAAGGCCGUCCGGCGCGGAGUGCGCGCGGUCACGUACAACUUCCACGUCGAGUUCGGGGCGCCUGGAUUCGAAUCUCGGAGAAGAAAACGUGGACAUCAGCACUCUGGGCAGCUGGGCACACACGACGUGGCAGGCUUGGACGAGGGCUGGAUGCACGCGUGGCCACGCGCUUUUCUCGCGCUCGGUGCUCGCCUGGCCGGGUGCGCCAGCCCUCCACGCAUGUCUCCAGCGCGGGGCAGCGGGAUGUUUCGCACGUGCAUCCAUCGGGGCUCAAGAGACGGGGUAUCCCCGAAUCCAGCUUGUUGUGUUCCCAGUUUCUCGGUCGUCUUUCGCAGGGUGUGCGCAGAUCUCUUGGCUCUUGGAUCAGCGCUGGAGGCGCCGCCAGGAGGAGCCCAGCGCCGAUCCGAGAAGUCCGCGCGGAGCUCCGAGAGCAGAGUGUCUGCGCUGCUGAUUCUUCCUCCGCCAUCGCGCGACACUCGCCGUGGCGCCCUUCGCUUGACGAGGGCAUGCCGUGGCGACCACGCCAGCAGCACCGACAGCGCGGGGGUCGGCGCAGGCUCGCCGGCGCCUGCGGGCAGAGUCACGGGCACUGCUCUGGUGGCCGCGGUGGGGUGCGGCAGUGCGCAGGACGGCCGGCAGCACCGGAGCCUCGGGGCACCCCGGGGCUCCAGAUCCCGAGAGGGGCUCCCGCUCCGGUCGGCGUUCUGCGCAGGGGCCUCUGGGAGUCUCUCCGACGGGGCAUCGGGGGGGGACUCCAGCGCGGCAGCUCUCGACACCAUGGAUUGA